CCAAACGAGACGGCCCUUCUCAUCUACCCAAUAAAACCACGUCUCUUUCUUGCACCCACCAACAUGUUUGCCUCUUCCACCACCAUUACCAUCAAUAUCAUCACCUCUUGAUCAGCCGCUUUAGCUAUGGUUUGGUAAAAACCACAAACACUUAAUAUUAUUAUUAUUAUUAUUACUAUUACUAUUACUACUACUAUUCCAACAACAAAAACCAUAAUCCUUAUUUUCUUCUCAAAUCAUUGAAAAAACCCUCUUAGUCGCUAAACAAAUCCACUUCACCAAAUGGGCAACACUUUAGGAAGCAAAAAAACCGCAAAAGUGAUGAAAAUAACCGGAGAAGAAUUCAAGCUAAGGACGCCAAUUCAAGCCGGUGAAGUGGUGAAGGACUAUCCAGGCCAUGUUUUGCUAGAAUCCGAAGCCGUAAAGCAUUACGGAACUAGAGCAAGACCUCUUGAACCCAACCAAGAGUUGAAGCCAAAGAGGUUGUAUUUCCUUGUGGAGCUUCCGAAGGUGACGAAAGAGAAAAACCCGAGGAGGGUUCGGUCGGGGAUAAACAUGAGCGCCAAGGACAGGCUGGAGAGCUUGAUGCUGGCGAGGAGAUCGGUGUCGGACCUCUCGAUAAUGAAGCCGAUGAGCGUUCUACCGGAGGAGUCGACGUCGGAGAACGGCGGUGGGAGUGGUGUGAGGGUGAGGAUGAGGCUUCCGAGGGCGGAAGUGGAGAGGCUGAUGAAGGAGAGUAGAGAUGAAGCUGAGGCUGCUGAGAAGAUUGUUGAUCUUUGCUUGGUGAAGAAUGGCGGUGUUUAUAAUGAUGAAAAUAUUAAUAGUAAUGAUGGCGAAACAAGUGCAAGUAGUAGUACUAGUAGUAGGGGAGAUGGGUUUGGAAUGGUGAAGCAACAUGUGCAUUGGAAAGAUGGAAUUGAUGGAGGAGUUGGACAUGGUGUCAAGGCGAAUCAGAAACGAGUGAGUUUUCGCCCAAUCAGUGAAGCUGGAGAGAUUCAAAUAGCUGUGGCUUAAUUCUUAUGAUCUAUAUAUAGCAAGUUUAUCAAUGCAUCUAGCGAAGUGGUUCCCCAGACACACACACACACACACACACACACACAUAUAUAUAUAUAUAUAUAUAUAUAUAUAUUCAUCUAUGCUUUUACCCGCACGCAUAGAUUUCUUAUCAACCAAAUCGCUUGGGAUGUUACUUCUGUAAAUUAUGGACCAUAUGAAUAAUAACUAUAUAUGUAUAAGCUAGCUUUGUUCAAAA